CGUGGAGGAGGGUGACGAGCCGUAACGCACGGGCCCAACAAAGGAAGCAAAUAUUAAAACUUAAAUUUUACUUCCUCUACGGAAUCUUAUAAACAAACAGGCCAACAAACAACAGAGUGAUUUUUGCCAACCGCGUGUGCUCCGCGUGAUGAGCGUGAGUUUGCAAUAUUCGUACCCCUCAAAGCGCGAGACCAUGGAAAGUUUGGAGAGGCAGCUGAUAUGCCCCAUCUGCCUCGAAAUUUUCACCAAACCGGUGGUAAUCUUACCCUGCCAGCACAACCUCUGCCGCAAAUGUGCCAACGACAUCUUUCAGGCCUCAAACCCUUACUUGACCACAAGGGGAGGCUCUUCAGUGGGCUCUGGCGGCCGGUUCCGCUGCCCAUCUUGUAGACAUGAAGUGGUCCUGGACAGGCAUGGUGUGUAUGGCCUGCAGAGGAACCUGCUGGUAGAGAACAUCAUAGAUAUGUACAAACAAGAAACCAGCAGCAGCAGUAAGCCAGAGCCAGAUCUGAAGAAUGACGUGUUGAUGUGUGAGGAGCAUCAGGAUGAGAAGAUUAAUAUUUACUGUGUGACCUGCUCUGUUCCUACUUGUUCGUUAUGUAAAGUGUUUGGGAGUCAUCAGACCUGUGAAGUUGCUCCGCUCAAAUCUGUUUUCGAGACACAGAAAGCAGAGUUAUCUGAUAGUGUUGCUUUGAUGGUUGGAAACAAUGAAAGAAUUCAGGGUGUCAUCAGCCAGCUGGAGGAGAGCUGUAGAGCCGUGGAGGAAAAUGGCCGUAGACAGAAGUCUCGUGUAUGCGAGUGGUUUGAUCGCCUGUAUGCUGUGGUGGAGGAGCGCAGAGGAGAACUCACACUGAAGAUCACCGCAGAACAACAGGAGAAACUUAAUUACAUCAAUGGCCUACAGUGCAAGUACAAAGAACAUCUGGAUAACACAGCCAAACUGGUGGAGACAGGAAUUCAGACUAUGGAGGAGUCUGAGAUGGCCACCUUUUUGCAGAAUGCAAAGCCACUCCUGCAAAAGAUAGCAGAAGGCAGAAUUGUGUCUCAUUUAGAGAAGGUGGAGCGUGGAUAUGAGAAUAUGGAUCAUUUUACUGCAAACUUCCAGCAUGAAAGAAGAGCAAUACUCAGCAUAGACUUUAUCAGGGAUGGUGAUGACAAUGAAGAUGAUGAUGAAGAAGAAUUACCAGGUGAUACUGUUAGUCCUGAGACUCAACCAUCUUCAGCGUUGACGCCGACCCCUGCUCAGCAGAGACAAAAUCCUGUGCCAAACGCUCUACCAAUGGCAACGGACUCCUCCCAGAUGUCAUCACAACCAAACCAAUCAAUAAAUAUCAUACCAGCAGAGAACAUGCCCUCUGCCACACCUGCUCCAGACUCCAGUCAUAACCCUUCAACAGAUGUGUCUGCUCAGGUACCUGACAGUCCCAACCAGAUGUCUGAGGAUGGACGACGCCACGUUUUCUCUUUUUCCUGGUUAAAUACGCCAAAGUAACAUGUUCGAACAUCGUAUUAAUUUGGGCAGCCUGCAACAUAUACAUAAAAUCAAAGUGACCGUGUAGAAGCCAGUGUGCGCACAUGUACGCUGCAUUACGUUCUAGAAAGCCUCUUCUACUUACAGACUAAUAUUUUAUGACUUUCAAUUAUAUUUUAUGGCAAUCAUAAAUAUGCAUUUAUUAGCUUAGGCAAUUUUUGAAAAGGUAAAAAUCAUGACCGUUGAAUGUAAACUGAUUAUAACCUUGCUAAAGUUGGUGACUGAAAAUACAAAAUAAAGG